UAUCCACAGCGCCGUGGCGUAAGCAGCUAGUAAGCUUCAGCUCAGCUUGAUCAAAACUUGGGCAACAGGAUGCCGUGGACAGAGAUACGAUGAAAAAACUUGUUUAACCGGAGAAAAUUCCACCUAGAUCUAGUAAGAUGCCAGGUUUUGCAUCCUGUCCAGGCAGUUUGAUAGUCGUUGCCAUCAUUAUUCAGUGCACCUCCCAUAUCAAUUCUGAGAUAUGGAGCAACGAAGUUUCAAACGUCCAGUACGGGAAGCUGGGAUCCAAUGUAACCCUGGUGUGUAAAGUCUCUGGGAGUGGGUCUGCGGUGGAGUGGCGACUGAACGGCAGUGCGGUGUCCCUACAACAAGCUCCCUCGCCCGACGGCUCUCUCACUCUGAUCAACGCAGACCGCACCAUGGAGGGCAACUACAGCUGCCAUGAUGAGAGGGGAAAUGUCCUCCGGGCCACUAAACUGCGACUGGGGUAUAUGCCAGGACUUCUAAGUGUCUCCUGCAAGAUGUCCAACCACCACAGCAUCAAGUGUUCCUGGGAGCAGUCUGUGAAGACCUAUCUGCCCACCAAAUACAUUGCCUCUUACAGGGACAGGACAAACAAAGUGAAGCCGUGUCACCAGGCCUCCUUCCAUCUGAACGAGUGCACUAUCAGACACCCCACCAUGUGGCAUCAUUACCACAUUGUCAACAUCACGGAGGUCAACCCCCUCGGCUCAGAGACCACACUGGUCAGAGUGCAGCUGCAUAGUCUGUUGAAACCGGACCCCCCUGAGGCGGUGACCCCUGAGCCGGUGGUAGGCCACCCGCGGAGGCUGCGGGUCAGCUGGAGCUACCCGUCUUCCUGGCCCAACGAGGAAGGCUUCCCUCUCAACUUCCAGCUGCGCUACCGUCCCCAGGGCUCCAUCAACUGGUCACUGUUGAAGACCACCAAUACCAUCCUGCUGAUCACAGACCUCCUGGUGGCUCACCCCCACAUCAUCCAGGUCCAGGCAAGGGAUGACCUGAACUACGGCCAGUGGAGUGACUGGAGCCCAGAGGUGCAAGCCCUGCCCUGGACAGAACCAAAGAAGAAUGACUCAGAAGAAUCCAAUUCAGUUGAACCAUUUCCAGCGUUUCCUGAUUAUACAGAACCAGUCUGUUCCUCACCAGCUGUAGGAGAAGGAGCUGACCAUCAUCUUGCACAAGCCUACAGCACAGUUGAUACAGACUACAGAAGUCUCGGAGUGUCGAUUUCACUUGGCCUGUUUGCUGGGAUCAUCAUGUCUGCCUUUAUCAUUCUCCUCUGGGUGAGACAAAGGAGACGGGAUGAGGUAACUAAACAAGAACUGACCUCAAUGGUGAAGAUGAAGUAAGAUGCCCAGAUUAGCACACUCCAUGUGCAAUACCCUGUUUGGGUAACCUUAAAGGGAAGCACCACCACUGCCAAUAAUCAGUGCUGAAAUGACCCACAGUGCACCUGUUUCCUGUGCCUGCUGUUCAUGGGUCUAAUCACUUCACUGGACUUCAGAUACCCAGAAACUGUGAACCUGACAAAUCUCUGUAGCAUGAUCAGUGGAUAAGGAAAAGGGUAACCUUCAUGGAGACACACAGCAAAUUGGCCUAAAGCAUAAAAUCCAUAG